CGACGAAAGCGGUUUUGCUCGCGGAUCGUUUUCGUUUUGCCGUUCAAAACAUUGCACUUUACAAUCGUGCGUAAGAGAAUCUGGAGAAAUAUGGAUUUUUAAAAUGUAUUUACUUAGUUAAGCGUCUGAAGCAGUGACGAAACUGUGAGUGCGUGACGAUCGUAUCUUUGGGAUACGUUUUAUGAAUGGCGCGGGUGUGAACGAAUUUCUUCGAGUCAACAAAAAAUCACCAGCGCGAUAAACAGAGGCACACUCACACGAUCGCGAUUAAAAACAACACUCUCCAUUUAACAAUAAAGAAAUCGUUUGUUUUUCGGAAAACAAAUAAGAGAAAAUAUGAGAAACAAGCGUGGAAAUGGCAGUUGCAAAUAAAACAAACGCAUCGUUUGUCAGGCUUGAAUUUCGCACGGUUUCAGCACAUCCCCCCAAAAAAAUAAGAAAAUAAACAUUCCCUUACCCCUUUUUUCGAAAGCAAAGAAAAAAUAUAAAUAAAAACUAUAUACAGGAAAAAUGUAAAGCUAAAUAGUGCAUAAAAAUCGGUUUUCUUUGCGGUUCGAUUCCGUUCUUAUAGAGUGUGCGUGCGUUUCUGCUUCCCCCUAUCUGUCUCCUUCCCUUUCUUCUGGCCCCACCGCCAUCUCUUUCUCUCCUUAGCGAGAGAACUGGGGGAACGCGUGUGCUUUUGUUUUCGAUUACGUUUACUACAUUUUUUGUACGCCCCAUAGAAAAAAACAUGACGAAAUGUUGUUGUUGAAAACGAGAAAUAAAUACAAGUGAUUACAAGAAAUUUAUAAAAUAAACGAAGUAACGAAAAUAAAAGAGAAAUUAUACAUCUCAAGAUAUACGAAAAGAAAAGUAUUGUGAAGAAAUACACAAAAGCGAAAUUCUAUUUGGUGUUUAUGGAAUUUUCAGUGGUGUUGUGAAACCGAAAAAUACGAAAGAAGCAAAAGUUACAGAUACUCUCUUCUCGUGAACCAGCUGCAAACGCAUCUAAAAAGCUUGGACAUUUCGCCGGGACAUUUUGCAUGAAAAUUGCAGCCGAAAAAGAAUCACCCUGCAUGGCUAUACGACAAUGUCCAAUGCUCGCGAGCUGGCAUUGAUCGAGAAAUGGGCUGACAUUGCUACGCCGGCGACGCCGAAUCGGCCGACCUUAUCGCCAACAUCGCCGCCAGCGCUCCAUCGAUCCAUCGUGAAGUUCUGCUGCUGCCCGCAGCGAAGGCGCUACAAUCUCAAGCAGGCCAAGAGCAACAGCAACAACAGCAGCAACAAGUCGACGGUCAACACGCUGCAUGCCAGAAAUAUAUUGGUCGAUAGCGAUUUCAGCUAUAUUGAUGAUGUGCCGCGGCGACGCCAAGAUUGCCACAACGAUUACGACGAUUGCGACUACGACUGUGGCGGCGAUAAAGCAGAAGCCGAUGAUGCCAAUGAUACCGCCGCUGCUCCGAGAGACGACGGAAAUGUGGCGCUGAUAUUAAUGAAUCAACGAAAUCUGGCCGAACAAUGGCGGCAGGACAACAAAGGCAGCAGCAGCAGCAACAAAGUAGCAACAGCAGCAGUAGCAACAGCAGCAGCAGCAACAGCAGCAACAGCAACAGCAGCAGUAACUAAAACUUGCGCUGUCACAAAGAGCCCGCCAAGUGGCAAUGAGCAACAGCAACACCAGCAGCAGCAGCAGCAGCAACGACAACCAACCCAAAGACUAAGCAAUAGCUUGCAACAGCAACAGCAACACCAACAAUUGCAACAGCAACAGCAACAUAGCAAUAAGGAAAAUACACUAAGCUACGACAACAACAACAAGCCGCACUGUAAUUAUUGUAAAUUACCCGACACCGCCGAGCCCCAAACGAAUAGCAACAGCGACUCGAAAAUUGAUUCACCGAAGUCGUCGCAGAAUAAAAUGACAAUUACGACAGCAACAGCAACAGAAACAGAAACAGCAACGGCAACGGCAACGGCGGCAACAGCGACAGCAGCAACACCAGACACACCAGCAACACCUAAGCCCCGCAUUGCAGCCCGUCCGACCACGCCCAGCCGCCUUAAGACUGUGAUCAAAACAACAAUGGUGAAGCGGAGUCCUAGCCAUGACUCAACGGCAACAGCGGCAGCACAUGUGUUGCUGCCAAACAGCUGCAACAGCAACGGCAACAGCAGCAACAUCAGCAACAUCGGAGCCCAUGACGAGCCCAGACGUUCGGUUAGGGAGCGCAUCGCCGCCUUUGCGGCAGGAAAUGAGCCACAGCAACCGGCGACGCGGCAACAUGACAAAGUCAAGAAGUUAACUAAAAUGCAGUGCAAUAGCAAUACAAAUCAAAACAACAUGACGGGCGAGGAUGUGAAAAGUGCAAUUAGCAACGGCAACGCAGGCAGCACUGGCAGCACUGGGAGCACUGGCAGCACAGGCGGCACAGGCAGCGCUGGCAGCACUGGCAGCACUUCAGCUAUCGCCGCUGACACGACGCGCCACAAAUCGGGAUUAAGUGAUGUGCCGGCCAGCGGAGACGUUGAUGGUCUUUCUCGGCCAACUUCAUCUGAAACCACAUCUGCCGUUUCAGCUCCGAGCGUUUUUAGCACCGGUUGUGCAACCAUGCCGCGAACUCGCCAAUACGGAAGCAAUGUUGCUGCCGCCGCGGCGACAGGAGCAACAUCGGCAACGGGAGCAACAACAGGAGCAACUCCUGCCAGCAACAGCAUGACAGCUGAUAAGAAAUUCUUGAGCCAGGCGACGCCCGUUCAGGGGCAUCAUCAUCAUAAGCUGCAAUUUGCCGAUAAGGCCGAGUCCGAAUUGGCCGCACUGGACAGUCUGGACCUGGCCCACAGCCUCGAUUUGCUGGACGUCGAUGGCGAGGAUCCGUAUGGAGCUCUGCAGGAUUACUUGGAGCGUGUCAAGCGGGAAAUCAACGAGGUCUUCGAGCUGCGCAAGGUCCAGCGUUUGGAGCAGCAGCUCCGUGAGCAACUGGAGGAGCGGCUAUCGCAGUCGGGAGUCCAGCAGCUUGAUGAAUUGUCUCGUUCCACGGAAUCAGAUAGCGGCUUUGACAGCAGCAGCACCACAGCCACAUUGGGCACACCAGCUGGAGCUGGAACUGGAGGAGCUGGAGGAGCUGGGGCAGCAGGAGCAGUUACAACGGGCAAGCCAGUGACAACUAAACUUAGGGCCCUGCCUCCGCCGCCCUCAGUCCCACCAAGCCCGACGAAAUCCCUAACCACUCCACCUGUCCAGGCGGACGAUGUUAACAUUUGGGCCUGCAAGUUCCUACGCGAUCUGGACAGCCUGAUGGCCUCGGGCGAUAAGCUGCCCCCGCAUCUGGCAGCCCUGGCCGAAGGAUCCGGUUCCGGUUCGGCCAGCAGUUCGCCCACCUCCAGGACGGCGCCCCUCCUCCUGUCCGCCGCCGCCUCGGCGGCCAUCCAGAGUCGCUACGGCAAGGGCUCAUCCAUCAUGGAGCACCAGCUUCAGCAACAGCAGCAGCAGAACGGACUCGUCUUGAAACCGGAGAAACAC